UGUUUGUACGCGUGGUGGAUAUUGUUGGAAGGUUCGGGUAUCUAUGUGAGUCGUUGCCAAGGUUGAGGAGUGCACGACGAUGAAUAUUUUCGAGGGGCCGCUGAGAUGUAUGUAUGGUCCAACAAGGAAGGAGGGACGGGGGAAUAGCGACCAGGGGUCAUAUAUGCGGGAUCACCAGAGCUGCAGAGGUUCCAGAAGCGAGCGGAUCUCAUGAUGCGCCUGGACGAGAUCAAAAGCGGACAGGUGAAGGAACGCAGGCAGAGCUAGUAGACCGAGGGCCGGAGCUAGAAGCUGGAGAAAUAGCAGGACGGGUGUACCAGGCGAGUGCCCGUCGCAUAGGAAGGGUACCUUUGGGGUGGGAGGGUAUCGAUGGAGGAGAGCCGCUGGCAGGCGUCAUACAUUUAACGUCCUGUUACCAAUCCGCUGGGCAUUUGGGCGGGUUAGGAGGGGCGCUUCGGGGAUGGUGUGGCCGUGCAAUGAGGUCAAUGAAAUCAAGGGGAAAAAAGAGAAAGAGCAGGCGGCGACUGCGCAGGACACGGGGAAACACACCAGCAAGCAACAGUUAAGACACUGGGGGACGGGAAAGCAGCAAGAGAGCCGCCCCCGGACAGCGCCAGGCCCGGCGGACCAUGUCGAUAUUCCCAAGGUUGUGUCAAGUACCGGUACUUCCGACACCAGGAGUCGCGGCAGGCGACGACGCA